AGAUGGGUUCACAUGGAAGCGAGAUUCAAAUCGUAAAAGCUGAAAAUAGUGUUGAAAAUACAAUAAACAAAACAGUGGUCACGCCUCACGAGGAAGAAGCAGACACACACACACACUGCUCUUUGUCUCUCUCUCUACUUCUCCUCUGCUACACAUACCCUUUCCUCUAUCUAUUUCCAAUUUUCCAUAACAUGAAAAAUCUAGAGUAGCAAUGCCAAUAUCCAUGGAAAAUCCAAUCCUUCUUCUCACAUCCAUCAUUUUCCUGGCCGCUUCAUCAAUGGCGGCGGCCCACCAGCCCAUGCCCGGAUUCCUCUACACAAGAUCCAGAGGAACAUGCACUCCUCAGUAUUGGAGCAGCAGGAGCGAGUCGUGGCCGAAGAUGGUUCCCCACAGAUCCACGGUGUCCAACGCUUUCGGGUCGCGGGCCUUCGAGCGCUUCCGGCCCGAACUCACGCUUCUGGAGGCGGCCGCCAGGAACGACGACGGCGGCGACGUCUUCGCAAGCCUGCUCAAGGAGUCGACGGCGGCGCUCAUCAACUCCUACGCCAGAAAAGGCUAUCCCUACGCCGCUUGGGAGGUCAAGACGCUGCUCAUUCAGGCGCUCGUCUCCCACGCCGCCGCCGCCGCUCAGGCUCACACAUUUCUUCAGGCUAACCUCAACUGUGCUUGAUAUUUCUAGAAAAAAGACAUUUCGUGUUUUCUGGGGAUUUUGGGAAGUCGUGAUAGCGAUAGUUUGGAUUUUGGUAUCUGUAAUUACUCGUUACUUUCUUUUUCUUUUUUUUGCUUUCUGUGAUUUACAUUUAUAGAUGUGUGAUGCUUUUCAUCAGAUGCACUGGGAAGGUUGUGUUAGAUUUAGGUUGUAGUUCUUGAAUUUUUUACUGGCAUUUUGAAUUGGCAGAUCAACGUGUGUGAAAAGAUAAUCGGAAGAAUUUUUUUUAUCUUUUUUUUUUCAAAAAUUAUCAGAGGAA